CUUGUUUCUUACCCAUGAUUUCUGCAAGACUCAUUCUUCUCUCCCUCUCUCUCGUAUUAUUACAUCUCCUCUAUAUUAUUGCUUCUGCUGCUUAAUAUCUAUCUUCCUUACAAAAUUCCAUUUGUAUUUUACUUUUGGCAGCCAUGGACGUAAGUCAUAAUCCAUGGUUAAAACUCUCUGUUCUUGUUAUAUUCUUCUCUCUCAAUUUCAAUCUCUCUCUUUCAGCUGAUAGAAUCACUGCAAACCAAUCUCUCUCUGGUGACCAAACCAUUAUCUCUAGUGGAGGUACCUUCAAACUGGGCUUCUUUAAACCAGGUAAUACCUCUAACUACUACAUAGGCAUGUGGUACAAUAGAGUAUCGCAGCAAACCAUAGUUUGGGUAGCAAAUAGACAGACUCCAAUUUCUGACAGAUUUUCUUCGGAGUUAGCAAUUUCAAAUGGUAAUUUAGUUCUUUUAAAUGAGUCCAAAAUCCCAAUUUGGUCCACAAAUUUGACAUCCAAUACUUCAAAUUCUGUAGAAGCCAUACUCCUUGAUGAUGGGAAUUUUAUUUUAAAUGGAUCUGUUUCAAAAGAGCCAUUAUGGCAGAGUUUUGAUCAUCCAGCUAAUACAUGGCUUCCUGGUGCUAAAGUUGGAUUGAACAAAAUUACUGGAGAAAACACACGUUUAAUUUCAUGGAGGACUGACGAAGAUCCUGCUCCAGGUCUGUUUUCUCUUGAGUUAGACCCAAAGGGAACUAGUCAAUAUUAUAUUCUCUGGAAUAAUACCAAAGUUUUCUGGACUAGUGGAACUUGGAACGGGCAAAUCUUUAGUUUGGUGCCUGAGAUGAGGUUGAAUUAUAUUUAUAAUUUCAGUUAUGAAACUAAUGCAAAUGAGAACUAUUUUACAUAUUCUUUGUACAAUAAUUCUAUUAUCUCUCGAUUUGUGAUGGAUAUUGGAGGGCAGAUUCAACAACAGUCUUGGUUAGAACCUGCUAAGCAAUGGAAUUUGUUUUGGUCUCAACCAAGAGUGCAAUGCGAGGUUUAUGCUUAUUGUGGCGCUUUUGGUAGCUGCUCUAGUACAUCUCAACCUUUCUGUCACUGUUUGACUGGUUUUUAUCCAAAGUCAGCUGAUGAUUGGAAUUCAGGGGCUUAUUCUGCUGGGUGUAUUAGGAGGACGACUCUGCAGUGCGGGAAUUCUAGUCUUGUUAAUGGCAAAAGAGAUAAGUUUCUGCCUAGCUAUAAUAUUCAAUUGCCUGAAAACCCAGAGACAGUGUCAGUUGGGAGUGCUCAAGGAUGCGAAUCCCACUGCUUAAAUAACUGUUCUUGCUCUGGUUAUUCUUAUGAUAACAAUCAGUGUUUGAUUUGGAUUGGAGAUCUUUUAGAUGUACAGGUUUCUGAUGGUAAUCCUAGUGGAAAAACACUUUAUGUUAGACUUGCAGCUUCUGAAGUUUCAAGUUCUAAGAACAAUAAAGGAGUAGUUAUUGGGGCGGUUGUGGGCUCCAUUGUGGUUGUUGUUGUUGUUGUUGGCCUUGUUUUGUUUGUAAUCUUUAAAAGGAAGAGAAGAAGCAACAUGGGUAAAGCAGUAGAGGGUUCACUGAUUGCUUUUGAGUAUAGAGAUUUACAAAAUGCAACAAAAAAUUUCUCAGAGAAAUUAGGUGGAGGAGGUUUUGGUUCUGUUUUCAAAGGGACUUUGCCAGAUUCAAGUGUCAUUGCUGUAAAGAAGCUUGAAAGCAUUGGUCAAGGAGAGAAGCAAUUCCGCACUGAAGUCAGCACAAUCGGGACAAUCCAACAUGUCAACCUUGUUCGUCUUCGUGGCUUUUGCUCCGAAGGAACUAGAAAGCUGUUGGUUUAUGAUUACAUGCCUAAUGGUUCACUUGACUUCCAUAUAUUCCAUGAGAAGGUGUUAGACUGGAAUAGAAGGUAUAAUUUUGCGUUAGGGACAGCUAGAGGAUUAACAUAUCUUCAUGAGAAAUGUAGAGAUUGCAUUAUACACUGCGAUAUAAAGCCAGAAAACAUUCUUUUAGACGGUGAAUUUUGCCCAAAAGUGGCAGAUUUUGGCCUGGCAAAGCUUGUGGGGAGAGACUUUAGCAGAGUACUAACAACAAUGAGAGGGACAAGAGGUUAUCUUGCUCCAGAGUGGAUUUCAGGAGUGGCUAUAACAGCUAAGGCUGAUGUAUACAGUUAUGGAAUGAUGCUUUUUGAACUUGUAUCAGGAAGGAGAAACUCCGAGCAAUCUGAAGACGGAACAGUGAAGUUCUUCCCAAGUUUGGUUGCAAGGCAAAUAACUGAAGGCGGUGAUAUCCUUACACUAGUGGAUCCUAGACUAGGUGGCAAUGCUGAUUUGGAUGAGCUAACAAGACUCUGCAAGGUCGCAUGCUGGUGCAUCCAAGAUGAUGAAACCCAAAGGCCAUCAAUGGGACAAGUGGUUCAGAUUCUUGAGGGAGUCUUGACUGUGAAUCUGCCUCCAAUUCCAAGAUCUCUCCAGGUUUUUGUUGAUGAACAGGAACACAUAAUUUUCUUCACAGAAUCAUCUUCUGGCCAGAGUUCGCAGUCGCAAUCACAGACACAAAGCAACAACUCAAUUGCUUCUUCGCAGGCCAAGAGCAGCACAUCAUCUAUUACUUCCAAGUCUUAAAAGAGGAAUGACAAGUCAAGAACUUAAAAUUAUGUAAUUCUGCUUUUGUGUAGUAUGACGCUAGAGCCUAAAGGAACUGUAAUAGUAGAUGAGUUUUACUUUUUCCUUUUUGUUGGAGAAGCACGGUUGUAUAUUUUGUCAAAGCCAGUUUUAGUUUCUUAAAUAAUAAUACUUGCUGCUGCCUACAUAUAAAUUGUAACUUUUGUAAAAA